CAGGAGAUUGGUUAGUUCACUUCUCCAAAGUACUGCAGAUAUAUUGAGUACAGCACAAUGAAAGGGAAAACCUUGUUUUUCUACAGUUUUCUUCUGAGAAUUUGCUUUGCUAAUGGUUAUGAAGAAGGUUUUGUCAGACUGAUGGGAGGUCAAGAUAACUCUGAGGGCCGUGUGGAGAUCUUCCAUAAUGGGGCCUGGGGGACCGUGUGCGAUGACAGUUGGGACAUUAAUGAUGCCAAAGUUGUGUGUCAGCAGCUCCUUUAUCCUGGUGCAAAAGAAGCUCCAGUAUCUGCUGCUUUUGGGCAGGGAAGCGGAAACAUCUGGAUGGAUGACUUAGGAUGCACAGGAAAUGAGAUAAGCCUCCUUCAGUGUACCUUUGGUGGAUGGGGAGUCCAUAAUUGUGGCCAUUCUGAGGAUGCUGGUGUUAGGUGUGAAACUGGAUCCGAGCCCAACAUCAGGGACCCCACCCCUGAAUACACUGUGGACCAUAAUGCAACCCUUACUGCGGAACUGGGGGAGCUGUUUGACAGUGGGCACGGCUGUGACCUGAACAUACCAGUGAUGGUGGACAACAGCACUGUAGAGACAGUCUGUGUUCACAGGGUUAUACUCUCCUUGAACGCUAAUCUCAAAGAAUCACAGCCAGAUUUCCACAGACUGAGCAUCAGUGUCUCCUCUGAAUGCAGUCAAUAUGCCAGAACAUUUCUAAGAUACUUCUACACAAGAAAAGUUAAAUUCACGAUAACCUCUACCUGCAUAAUCAAGAUGGCUUAUGACUGGGGCCUGACAGAACUCCAGGACGAGGCAGCACAUGUUUUCAGGAAGGUUCUCACAGAAGAUUCCACUUUCCAGAGCCAGAUUUCUUUCUGUCAGUAUGCAGUUCUAGUCAGCGAUGAUGCUCUGAAGGACAUCUGUCUUCGUUACCUGGCAUGGAACUGUGAGACCCUGAUCGAUUCUCCUGCUUGGACCAAACUUCCUCUCUUUCUAGUCAAAGCCCUUCUUUCACGUUCAGACAUUUUGGUUCAUAAUGAAACUGUCAUUUUGCAUGGACUGGAGAAGUGGGCAGCUGCUCAGGAAAACACCACUAUUCCUGAGAUCCUUUUAGCCCUGUAA